UCCACCAUUUCACACCAGGGAAGAAAUCUGCAGGAGUUCUUGCUUCAACAGUGUUUGAACGGAACUUCUUCCUUCGUCCCGAUUUUCUUUACAGUUCGUCUGCAUUCCGGACAAGACUUUCUACUUGAACACUACUGAAAAGGUCGCCGUAAAGCUCUAUUUUUGUACCGUUUUGUUAAGAAAAGCACAAGAAAAACGUCAGCCAAAAUGGAGUCCCAAGUACGUCAGAACUACAACCGCGACUGCGAGGCCGCCGUCAACAGGAUGGUCAACAUGGAGCUGUUUGCCUCCUACACCUACACUUCCAUGGCCUAUUACUUCUCCCGGGAUGACGUGGCCCUUCCAGGCUUCGCCCAUUUCUUCAAGGAGAACAGUGACGAGGAGAGAGAGCAUUCUCAGAAGCUGCUGGCCUUCCAGAACAACAGGGGAGGACGCAUCUUCCUGCAGGACAUCAAGAAACCGGAGCGUGACGAGUGGGGCAGUGGGCUUGAGGCCAUGCAGUGCGCCCUGCAGCUGGAGAAGAAUGUCAACCAGGCUCUGCUCGACCUGCACAAACUGGCCUCUGAGCACGUAGACCCACAUAUGUGCGACUUCCUGGAGACCCACUACCUGAACGAGCAGGUGGAGGCUAUCAAGAAGCUGGGUGACUACAUUUCCAACCUCACCCGCAUGGAUGCCCACACCAACAAGAUGGCAGAGUACCUGUUUGACAAGCACACCCUGGGUGGGAAAAGCUAAAUGCAGAGUCAGGAUUAAGCUUUCAAUGAGAGUCUUAAUGACAAAAAGGCUUUAAAAAAAUAAACACCUUUCUGCUUUAUCUGUUCAUUCACUCAGCCUCAAUUUAAGUCUAACCUGCUUUGUCUACGAUGGUGAUAAAUUCUCUUGAUCUGGUGGUGUCGCUGUUCUUUAAUGUCAUAUGUCAGGAUGGGUAUUCAUCAAGGUACGGGUUUGCCCUCGUUACCUGUAAGCCCUCCUUUUGGCACUUCUGAUUGUUUCUGAAACUGAAUAAACAUUUUGAGCUGGA